AUGAAAGUAAAAAUUGAAAAAUGACUUGGAGUUGCAAGGUGGGCUUGGGAUGUCCCAGACCCUCAAUGUGUCAUUUGCUUACUGCCUUUUGAAUCACCGUGCCCUACUUGUAAAAAUCCUGGAGAUGAUUGCGCGCCAAUCGAGUCAGAAUGUUCACAUCAUUUUCAUCUUCAUUGUAUAAGCCAUUGGACGUCUGAAGGAAACGAGAAGUGUCCUUGCUGUAGAGCAGUAUUUAGAAUUAAAGUUAUCAGCAGUGAGCAGCAAUUUAGAUCAGCACGAGCAUAG